AUGGCAACAGCAACGCCUUUCCAAGCUACACCACCUCACAACCUCUCCAGAUCUGUUCGAGAAGAGGCAGAGGCAGAGGCCAACUACCAGAUAUCAAAUGCCGCGAGUGCUGAGCCUUUCAUUCCUCGUGGCGAUACCACAGUCACCCUGAACUACUUCCGUCCACCGGAAGAUGGUUCCGUCCCUUUCAACUUCGUGGAGACACCUCCUGAGGGACAGCCACAACGAAACUACACUGAUGAGGAUUUCCAAGUGCCAAUCCACGACAUCCGGGGCCGCGAGGAUGAAUAUACUCUAGACAAACAUGCCUUCAAGGUAGUUUCGAACGUCCCCCAGUCAGCGGAGCCAGAAUUCGUCGACGAUGAGUCCAUUAAGAAAAACUACUAUCCCGAGGUCGAGAAAUUGAUCUUGGAUCAUGUCCCAGGCAGUAACAAAAUAUUCAUUUUCGACCAUACCAUCCGCCGCUCGAGCCCUGGUGCCAACCGCACCCCCGUAAGAAGGGUGCACAUCGACCAGACUCGCAAAUCAGCAACCGCUCGCGUACAGCACCACCUCCCCGAAGAAGCAGAGAAGCUGCUGCAGGGUCGUUACCGCCUUAUCAAUAUCUGGCGCCCGCUUAAUGGACCCGUGCAAGCCAACCCACUCGCCUUUUGUAGCUCAGACACAUUAAAAGAUGAGGAUCUUAUUCCUGUCGAGCACAGAUACCCCGACCGAACAGGCGAGACCGCAGGCAUCAGGUAUAACGAGGGCCAGAAAUGGCAUUAUUUGUCCGGCAUGAGGAAUGACGAGAGGCUAUUUUUGGAAUGUUUUGAUAGCGAGGCGUUUAAGCCAGAUACUCGGGUCCAGGGUGGCAGAGUACCUCAUACCGCAUUCGCGGAUCCUCGCACACCUGAAGAUGCUGUUGGUAGAGAGAGUAUUGAAGUUAGAGCUCUAGUGUUUGGCCCGUGA